AUGGCUUCCGCGGCGAGCUCCUGCGCGAGCCUUCCACUCGAGCAGCUCGCUCUUUACCACGCGGUCGACCCGGUCCUGUCUUCGAUAUUUGUCUUCCAUGGGCCUGCAACUACGGCCAACUCAACCCUCAAUAGCUCGCGCAUCCAAGUCCAUAUUUUCGCUGCAGAUGGCCUACAAAGCUAUCCGCGCAUCACUGUAUCGCCGGCUGCUCCCCUGUAUGCGGCUGUAAACCACCUACCACGCGAAAGGCAGGGUGACGAAGUCUACCGAGGGCUGGCAGUCUGUUUAUUUAAGUACUUCUCGGAGAUUCCAGAUUCCGUGAAAAGUGAGCUGGUUGCGCUCGCACAUCCAGGGAGACCAAGCUCCAAACCACUGCAGUUCUUUGAUGAGCUGCAUGCAGCAGAUCUCGCAGAUAAGAUGGAAAAAGUGGAGAAUCCAGCAGCAGUGGUUCGCGACCUGAAAGAUGCGUUCGCGGAUAGGGUUGUUCCAUGGGUUGACAUUGAUUUAAUUGUACCUACGGGCACUAUAACGGUCCCAAUGUCACCGGGUGAAUCGUCACGCCAGUCACUGCUAGGAUAUAGUGAAUCAGGCAUCGAGUCGCCUAUCCAUGAGAAGUUUGCUGACCGGUUCGGUAAACUUGCACCACUAGUAGAUUCUCUGGGUGAACCUAUCUUUUUACCUACCUCAAAGUUGCGCCGAGCUCCGUCGAAACCUUCUAACCUCAGCAAGUCUAAGUUGUUUUCCACUACUCAAAAAGAAGCCCUUCGGCUUUCCAUGUGCGAGUUUGUCGAUACGGAAGAAAGAUAUGUUCAUAAAAUGUAUGACCUCGUCCACAAUGUUGCGCAUGAAUUUUGCCAAAAAGCGAGGGCGAAAGCACCGACGAGUACAAGUCCAGAUGAAUCAGCGUUAGCCAAGCUGUUUCCACCUUGCCUUAACGAGAUACUUGAAGUGAAUAUGGGAUUUCUGGAUGCUAUACGCCUUGUCCUCGAGGAAACAGAGAAAGAUGCCCUAGAAGACCUAUCCCAAGAUACCAUGCUUGACCCAUCAACUUUCCCUCGUGACCCAACAACUGGCCGACGAAAUGAUCUUUUGGGCGCAAUUGCUUUCGCCCAAUGCUUGCUUGACUGGCUUCCGCGUUUCUCCAAGCCGUAUGGACAAUAUAUGCAUGCCCAUACGGGAUUCUACUCUCUCCUCAAUUCUUUUCUGGGCGAUCAGAAUUCCUCGUUUUCUAAACGGGUCUAUGAGACUGGAGAGCAGCGGAUGCGUUCGUUACUUAUGGAGCCAAUCCAGCGUCUUCCACGAUACAGCCUCUUAAUUGAUACUAUGACUGCAUCUCUUCCAUCAAUGCACCCAGCUGUGAAGUCGUUUCUAAAGGCGCGCGAUACGGUCACAAAAAUAUGUUCACUAGACUCAUAUUCGGCUUCUGAUCAUUCCCAGACUUUGAUACACUUGCGAAGGAUAGUCCAUGAGUGGCCAGAAUCUGUAGCGCCAGCUGGCCGUUUAAUUACCGCUGUUGACGUGUAUACCCUCCUACCCCCUUUCCGAUCAGGCUCGUCAGGCACAAGAGGUCAACCAGGCAUAUUGUUGCUCUUUGCUGAUUGUUUAGUAUUCCUAACUAAACACUCAGAAAGCAAGUGGACGGCCCGUGGACUCUGCGCUGAAAUUGACAAGGCUAGAGCGGAUAUUGAUACCGAUAGCACGGAGCUUUCACUCCCAUUAGACCUUAUGUUUGGUCAACAUAUUCUCACUACCAGUAUUCGUUGCUCACAGUCUAAAUGUGGACGUAUCUUGUAUCUUGUUCCGGCCCGGAAUUUUAUUCAAAACGAGCAUUUGCGCUCCCACAAUAUUAUUCUCACUCUUGAACUUACAUCAACGUACGAAGGGAAGGCUACCAAACUUAUUGAAGAGAUCACCAAGGCCAAGAUUGAAGGAAGAUUCCCAGAGCAUUAUAGAGAACGAGGGAAAUGGUCGCUCCAUACUUCAAAGGGGGCGUUUGGCAAUUUGGGAACAAUGAUUUGUGUGUUUGAACAUGACGAAACGGAGCCGGAUAUUCCCAAGUUUCCAUCUAGUGUCAAAUUGAUCGUGGAUGCUACAAAAGAAACCCUGGCAGAUCAACUAAAGUCUAGUCAGAUAGAAGUCGUUGCAUCGAUUUUCCCUAUGCUGGGAGGCUCCAGGUUUAGGAUGGAUUUGGAUUCUGUCGUCGGUACUCCAUCCAGUGACACAUUUUCUGCGGAAGAUUUUACUGCUACCCUGUCUAAACGAAUUACGACUCUGCUUUGCCCUCUUUCUCAAAGCCCAAACCCCCUACUUACUGAGAUAAUUCUACAAAGCAACUUCAACAUCCUGCGCGUCGUUGCUCAACAUAUUUUGGGUGCUUCCAAGGGAUCUAAGGCAUUCCGGCCACCAUCCCCAACAAAGCUGUUAUCUACCCUUUGGAGCGCCAGCCAACCUAAAAACCUUGGUCAUGCUCCUUCAAAAUCGCUUCCAUCACUCCCAGCUUUGUCCAACAAUGUGCCAACUUUGCAACCCCAAUCAUCGAAUGCCAGCCUAGACGAUGGUUCUCCGCAAAAGCUUCCUCAUGGGGGUAUAAGCAUUCCCGAUGGAACCGCAAGUCCACUUGAGCAAUUGGAAGAGACAUUCACCGCUUAUAUACUUGCGAUCCGUUCAAGAAGUGGAAAUAUUGUCGGUCGCGUACUAAGGUCCCGAGACCGUGUCGAUAUGGCGGCAGUAAAUGAGCUUUACAAUAUUCUCCUAGAAGACCCAACUCAACUUCAAGCUGCCGCAGAGUCCCCUGUUGAUAUGCUGAUAGUUGCUUUCGAGACCUUCCUCGACAAGGCUUGGAAGGAGAAAUUUGGUCCGAUAAUACCCCAAACUUCCCUCUUGAUUCUUCUAGCUAAAUUUGAUGCCUUGUUUCCUGGGGACUUUGAGGACUAUUUCCAUGGCUUUCUGUCUGAGAUGAGUCCACAAACCCGCCGUGCGCUUACAGCAUUGAUACAGCUGCUUGCACAGUUGUUAAAUGACUCUGGGAACGAUGGUGACAGAGGCGCAUUAACGGAUGUGUUCUCCGAAAUCCUCACUGAGGACAACGACGCAAGGAAAACAAUACCCCUCCUUGACAGGCUUGUUGAAGACUUUGAAAGAUUAUUUGAUGAAUCUGGACCUACGGCAUCUGAGGGACAUCUUGCUCACGAAAUAAAUCGAGGCCUACUAGCUCCUGGAUCAAUUGGUUCGAAUGCAUCGUCAUUCAGAAAGCGAUUUGGAUUUGGAUUGAGCCGGGAAAAUAGUAUUAAAGACGGGGAGGGCAAAGUCAGCUCUAUUAUUCGAUCUUUGAGCAAAUCGAAAGGAGCUUCGGAGAACGAUGUUCUCCUCUCCAAGAAUUCACUAAUGCGAUCUAAAUCCACAGAUACAGACAGCCGUCUGCAUAGUCUUCUAAGACCUCGAUCCCGAGAUCGGCCUCUUAUGCAGACAAUAUUUGCUCAAGAUGAAGAAGUUAACCGCCCAACCAGCUCUAAUAGCAGUACACAGCCUUCCCUCGCUUCCAUUGUCGAAAACCCUGUUGUAGGACGAACCACUACUUCGAGAAAAAAGAGAAGAAGCUCGCUCUCUGAUCUGAAAGAUCUCCCAACGGGUGACAUAGCGCCUCUAUUUGCUAACAGGGAGUUUAAAAAACCUCCAAAUAUUCUCACUUCCGCUCAAACUCCGGAACCAGCAACACCGCCGACAAAAUCACUUGGCUUACCCAUCCAUAGUGCGCAACAUACGCCUAUUCAAAAUACUCCUCCGACUAGAAUAGCAUCGCCGGUGCGUCAAAUAGCUGCGAAUCUAAAAGAGAAUGUGCCUCCUCCGUCUCCUCGAACAACAUUAGCAGAUCGAUCAACCAAUACGAGGCAGCAUGCUUCAACGAUAUCAAUGCCACUUCGGAGGAGAGCAGAUAGCACGCGGGCUGGAACCCCGUCUAAAAUUGCUGGACCGCGCGAGAAACCCACUCGACCAAGUAGCAGUGAUGGCUACGGCCGUAGGCUACAAGCACAGUCAAAUUCACCCCCCAAACCGCAAAAGUUACGGAUGCAAACACCGCAAAAGUUGCGCGAGCGUGUGUUAAAUGAACGAAAGGCCAUAGCUUCCGCAGAGUCAUCCUUGCAGGCCGAACUUGCAUCCGUCACCGAAGAAUUAAUGUCCACUUCUCCAUCUAGACGACGGCCAUUGUCAUCUGCUGGCCCCCAGGCAAGGCCUAUUACCUCACCCCCUGCUUCUACGUCAUCCAAUGCCCUUCUGCAGAGGGUUCGCAUGCUUGAAAACAAACUCUCUGCAUUAACUUCAAACCUUGGUGCUAGGGCCGCCAGCCUUGAAAACGAUUUGGAGAACUCCCUCCUGGUCUCUGAAAAGCGAGCGCGAAAACUUGAUGAACUUUAUCGUGAAGCUGGAAAAGAGAACGAAGCAUUGUAUGAGCGAUUUAAUAACGAACUAAGUAAAAUGGCCAGGGAAAUUCGACUUGGUGUUGGCGAAGAGGCACUUCGAAGUCAAUUGAAGGAUGCACUUGAUGAAGUGGCGCGUGUGAAAAAGGAGAACAUGCGAUUGAAAAGGGAAAUCGGCGGGCUGAAAGCGCAACAAAUAGGUGAUCCCUCGAGUUAA